UGACUCUCCACAAGUAUGGCUGCUCGUCUGGCGCCGCGCCCGUAUCUUCGCUUAGCUCUCGGCGCCGCGCCCGUGGCUCGUACGCGCCCGCGACCUUCGCCCGAUCCACACUGGGACGACGAGUUUGUGUUCGAUGAUGUGCCUCCAGAUGUAACUUCGUUCACCAUCACAGUCCACAAUACUGGGAAGAGAGGAAAAGAAUCUGAAGUCGCCGAGUUGACAAUAGAGCUCGCAAAUCUAGCAAACGGAGAAGAAAUCGAGGAAUGGUAUCCGCUGGCCGGAAUGACUCCUAUUGGAGAAUGGGGAUCCUUGAGACUGCGUAUCAGAUACAUGCAAGAGCUAGUCAUGCCGCGCGAAGAAUACAAUCCACUUCGUCAACUGCUCCUGGAACCAGGCUUACCCGCAGUGAAGGCUCUGGCCGACCUCUGUCGCACUGAUAGACAACCUUUGGCUACUU